AUGGGGUUGACACCACCAUGUAAGAUUUUGACAGAUGUUGGGUUGAAAUUGAGGAUAAAGAAACGAUUCCCCAUCAGCCAACUAUACCGUCUUCCCAUGGCAGCCUUAUCUUUGCGGAACCGAGGUUCUACUAUCUAUCUUGCGCACUUGGUUUGUUCGCCCAACUCGACUGGGGCCUUCUGGCCUGAGGAGUCGACGAGGGGCCCACCUGACUUGCAACUGCGGCGGGGAGAGAAAGAACAAUGGAUUCUGCGGGCGGCCAUGGCAGCUGUCAUCUCCAUUCAUGAAGAGGAGAACAAUCGGACCCAGGCUCAUCUCGAUCAUUCUCGAUCGCGCCAAUAA